AUGUCCAACCAUCGCCGUAACUUACUAUCGUCACAGGUCCACGAGCCAGCAAAGCCUCGCCAACGAACCAGCCACACGCCUGCCCAGAAGGCUGAAUAUCGGCGAGUCACUUACGGCCUGCCAUCCCCACUGGACAACUGGAUCGCCUGUUCACUUGACUUCGCAUCUGAGCCGCUCGCGGGUGAUGGUUUCUGCGCGGGCAACUUUCUGGUGCAGGACUACGUCACCUGCACUGUCAAGGUAGUCAAAGUUGAGGGCGAAAUUGAAGAGCUGUUUCAAGACCCGCACACGUUCACACUGUACCUCACUGUGCACCUGCAUCCAUCCUCAGGCUUUCUAGUGUAUUACUGGACAAGCCCAACUGUCAUUCUUGCUUCCUACACAGGCACUGGCAACGAACUCAAUGCGCCAGACUGGGUUACCCUCGUCAGCAACCCUCGUUCAUUUAGGCAGCCACAGACACACAUCAUUGAGCUUCUCAUGAUAUUUGCAGCUCAACUUGAGAAUGAAAGGUUGUCACGGCGGGUCCUUGCUUGGUGCUUUGCUGUGUCGCGACCAUCCUAUACUCAUCUCUGGAGGUCGCCCUCGCUUACAUCAAGCUGGUCUGCUUCCCCCCGCAAUUUACGUUCACACAAGACCCGAGCAUCAGCAUUGACCUAUGAGCAGUCUCAGGAACGUCGAUUGCUGUUGAAUCAGUCACCCAGCUGGACUAGCACUGCUCGACGUCGCCAAAUGUAG